AUGAAAUUCUUCAGGCCCGAGCAACGUCUCGGUUUCGCCGGUAAGCGGCUCGAGGACCCUCCAGUCCCGUGGUUGCUUAAAGAUCAUCGUCAAGACUCUCACCGGCAAGACCAUCACCCUGGAGGUGGAGAAUUUGGACACCAUUACCCGGGACAAGGAGGAGGGAAUUCCCCGGACCGGCAGAUAUUGAUCUUUGCUGGCAAACGAGCUGAGGAUGGAAGGACCGCGGUCGAGGAUAACAUUCAAGAGGAAUCUACCCCCACUGAGGUUGCGUCUUCGUGGUGGUAUGCGAGAUGA